UAUGUAACAAUGCAACGCUUUUAUUAUUGUUCCCUAAUUCCAAUAUAAUUUGUCGAGAUUUCACAAGAUUGUGGUCGAAUCCAGUUCGGUUAUCGAUACGUAAACAAUGGCGUGGAGUGAUAAAUUCGUCUUGGGGUUCAAAAUAAAAAAAAACGGAGCAUUGCAUUAAUAAGCGAAAGUGUUUGUGGAUAAAUUGCGAUUAUAGAGGUGUUCUAAUUAACCUAUUUGUCUCUCAUUCUGAGGGAUUGGAAUAGAGGAAAAAAAAUUGAAUAGCAUUUCGUAGUGGAGAAAUUCAUUACAAUUCAGACUCAAAAAUCGAGAAAGAUCGAUCAAUGGGUGGUCGAGGUAUUGGACCGAGGGGGCCCCAGCCCCUGUACACACCAGGGAGCGGUCCCUUGAAAAAAACAGGGCAUCAGUGUGACGAUUAUCCGAACGAUACUCCAAUAUAUCGCCACGAUAGACCAAAAGCCAGCUCCGUCCAGGAUCGAUUGAAGGUCUCACAAUACAACAACACAAACAAUAGUCAAAAGUCUCAGGACAAUCUUGCUGACAAGAGGAGUGAUGUCCACAUAAACUACAGACAGAAUAGUGACCAGGGAAAAGGGAAUCAUUAUGGGGAUCCGAGGAGAAGAAACAAGAAACCAGAACAGCAGUUGUACGUACCCAAGAAAGUGCAAGAGGCAUUGGCUGAGCGAGUUGUAGCUAAUAGAUCGCCACUUCCGCAAACCUGGGAUCGUUCCCGUGAACGCGACGACUGGGAUACCCAGUCCUCUCGCUCCCACCGUCCGGUCCGUCAAAAUCGCCCUCCGGAUCCCUCUCGUUCCUCCGAUCGUCCCCAAAAGCGUUUUCCACCCCGCAGCAACCGCAAAACCAGUGAAACCGAUGACUCCUGGCGUCCCGAGUCCCCCCGCUCCUAUCAAAACCACCAUCGAAAUGUCCGUCAAGGCUCGGAGCCCCCCACGUCCCCUCAACUCUCCCAGAACUACCAGAAUCAUCAUGAGCCACCGAGAAUUCGGGACACAAGAAGUGUUGAGCCAUCGUACGAAAAAUUUCCACGUAAGCCACCUCUAGGUCACAAACACUUGUCCAAAGUCUUCUCAAAAUUGGAAUCCCUUCCACCUCGGCUUCAACGUAAACAUCUCGCCGAGAAUGGCAUUGACCUUCCACCCCCCAAUCCUGAAGAAACAUGGGAUCCUGCAAAAUCGAUUUUUUACGCUCAAAUUCAUCAUCAGACUUAUUAUCCAUCUAACCCAUCGACCGCUCCUCCACCCCCGCAGCAGUGGUCGAAUACCGUUCCAGUCCGUUCACGAGGUCGCGGUCGGCUGCGUCAGGAUAACCUCGAGCCUGCCAAUCCUCGACCAAGCACACCAGAUCAGUACUCAGCCCCUAGUUCGCGAUCCCACACACCUAGCCAAGAACUAAUGACGCGGUCGUACGAGCGCCGUGGCAGUAAUAGCACGAUGUACACCAGCAUGGAAUCCCUCUCACGAAUGGACGUGGGUCCCUCCUCCUACAAUAGCGAUAAUUACACAAGAAGAGCACCAUCACCGAAACCCAAUGACACUUCAGAACAUCAAAAUUUGGCGAGAGAAAAUCAGAAUUCAUCGACCAGCAGGGGUGAGGUGUUCAGUUCGUUUUCGGACAGGCCCUCGGAGACUCUCGAUUGGUCCGAGGAAGUUGAGCUGUCAGAGAGAGCUGAGAAUGAACGUUUGAGUCGUAGCUCCUCAAUAUCUAGCUUCAGGGAAAAUGCCAGUAUCUCCGGUCAUAGUUGCAACGCCCCCGUCAAUAGAAAUCGCUCGCAGAAGAAGAAAAAACGCGAACGGAGGCGAAGCCGAGGGGACAGGAGCAACAGCAGGGACAAGACACGGGAGAACAGUCAUGAGAGAACGAAGAAUCAGCAAAAUCGGGAGAAUGAUAACUACAAUAAUAAUCAGAAUAACGGGGCUCGAAGGUAUGAGAGAAGAGCUGGCAAUCGAAAUAUCAUGAAUCGCAGUCGAGAGAACAGUAAAGAUCGGGGAUUUAGUAGAAUGAGAAAUGAAAAUACUGAGGAAAAUUGGCGAACGGGGAAGAGAAUAUCCGUAUGCGAAUCGGAUGAUGGAAAACGCCCACCACUGAAUACAAAUAUUAAUGCAGUAACUGGGAAUCCCCCGGGGAGAAUUGAUGGACAGACACCGGGGGUUUUGGUACUUCCGGAACAAACGGUGGUAUCACCACCUGUAUCGAACAAGCUCGACAACAGGGGGCAAGGCUCGGCGAACAGAAAAACUUUGUUCGAUCCUAAUAAUCCGAACAAACCUAUUGAAAUUGUUCCCUCACCAGGAUCGCGAGCCUCUGUGGGAGAGGCUCCCGGACAAUUGCCUGGGGGUCAACAGGGAUCAGGGCCCUAUGUACCCUCCCACUUUCAACAGAGUCUCCAGGUAGAUGGGGUUUCACCGACGUAUAUUGCGGAUCAGCUGGUAAAUUCCGUGCCUUCUUGGUAUGAUCCUUGCUCGGAGAGUCUCAGAUCAGCGAAAAAUCCAUGUUUAUUGAUGGGAAUUGAAACGAUGGACCGAGAGCUCUAUCGACUACUGAGCUCGGGAAGAUUGGCUACCAAUUGGGAUCGCGUUGCAUUUCUCAGGCACUCGCUGCAGCAGAGUCUUCAAAAUCUUUUGGAAACUGAUAUGAAGUUCUGUCAGAGUGAGAAUGUAGAACAGCAUUUUUGGAAAAUCUUGUUUUACAAUAUCAUUGAGAUGCUGAGGAAGAUCGUGGUGAAGGAGGGACCAGCGGGGAGGGAGUUGUGCAAGAGAAUUAUGCUGAAGAUUAUUGAUGAUGGAACGGUUUACUUUGAAAAUUUGUUGGUGGUUCUGGAGACAACUUAUAAGUUUAAGCUGGAGGUUUUUCUGUCGUCUUCGGAAACAUCGAAGGGGUUGGGAUUUGUGGGGCUGGCGCUGAUCAGUGCUCAGAAGAUAUUUUUAUUCCUGGGGGAUUUGGCGAGGUAUAAGGAGCAGGCUAAUGAAACUACCAAUUAUGGAAAGUCUAGACGGUGGUAUCUCAAGGCACAGCAGAUCAAUCCGAAGAAUGGGAGGCCGUAUAAUCAACUAGCGCUGCUCGCGCAUUAUGCGAGAAGGAAAUUAGAUGCCGUUUACUACUACAUGCGUUCGUUAAUGGCAUCAAAUCCUCUCCACUCAGCUCGUGAAAGUCUUAUUGCAUUGUUCGAUGAAAAUAGGAAGAAGUAUCUCCAUUAUUACGAGUCUACCGAACGUAAACGUAAGGAAGAGCGUGAGUGGAAGGAACGUGCUCGCAUGAAGGAGAAAGAGGGUGCAAAUAAUUUGAGUGGUGGACUGAGACGUGAGACUUGGAUUCAUCCGGGUGGUAGACGAAUGAGAAGGACAACAUCAGCAGCUAGUGCUGCCGAGGCCAAAUUGGCUCAGAGUGAUCUCGAGGAAUUGGCGCAGUUGAGCAGUGUUGAGGUUAAUAAGCGGUUCGUGACGUCGUACCUUCACGUCCAUGGGAAGCUGAUCACAAAAAUCGGAAUGGAGACAUUUCAGGAGGCGGCUAUUCAGAUGCUGAGGGAGUUUAGAGCACUGUUGCAGCAUUCACCACUGCCCCUUCCGGGUACCAGACUACUGCAGCUUUUGGCGCUGAAUAUGUUUGCGAUUGAAACGACUCAGCUGAAGGAUUCACAAAUGGAGCAGGGCUACAGAUCCGAAGUCCAGGAGCGCGCCUUGGUAGUAUCACUUCAGAUGUUUAAUUUGAUAUUGGAGCGUGGUUGUGCCCUUCUGAAGGAACAAAUUGAUAACGACGAGCAACCGCGAUUGGUACUAGACGAUGACAUGCAGGUUCUUCUUCCAGCUAUCAAGAUUUGGUGUGACUGGAUGCUUUGUCAUAGUUCCGUGUGGAACCCACCGCCUUCAUGUACGGAUUAUCGUGUGGGACCACCUGGGGAUGCGUGGAGUAGGCUAGCUAUGAUGGUGAACCUGCUGGAUAAGCUGCCGUGGCCACGAUAUGUUAUCAUCCGCACGUCGGAAGUGUGCGGUAGAACAACUGAGCUGAACCUGGUAAAAUUACCCGAGGAUUCCACGUUAUCCGGAUUCACUCCGUUAAUGUCCAAUCCCCAGGAACCUUCCUAUGCUUUGAAAACGGAAGAUACGGAAAGGGCCCAGGUCUGCCUGAGAAUACACAAAAUCCUCUUCUUCGCCCAGGGAUUCCUAUGUGGCCUUGAAACACCGGUGCUUAAGCUCCAGAAGAGUGAGACGGGAAUUAGUGAAUAUGUUUCUCUAGUGGAGGCUUCUAGUGCAAGUGUACCAAGUUCACCACCCGAACAGAGUGAUUCAGAAAUUCUUGUGGACAGCUACAGCGAGGAUGACGGCGACGAUCCAGGAUCCUCGACAAAGCGUUUCUCAUCAACAGUUCCAAAGGAUUUGACGUCACCGCCGGAGAUAAGGUCGUUGAUCGAGCGGAAGGAAGAGUUGGAGAGACGUCAGAGAAAACAGGAGCGUCAUCGACAACGAGUGCAGGCGAUUCUGCUGAAGUCAUCGGUAUCAGUGGAGAUCGAAGUUAGACCUAGACAACUUGUACCGGAUACUAAUUGUUUCAUUGAUUACUUGGGACAACUGCAGAGUAUUACGAAGGCUACAUCCGGAGCGCAACCAUUGUUUACACUUAUGAUUCCACUUGUGGUUCUGAAUGAGCUUGAGGGAUUAGCGAGAGGGGCGGAUCCAAGGGAUUGCACACCAAAUUCACGGGCUACACUAAAUCCAGAGCACGUAGUGAGGGUGGCUGAAUCUGCUAAAUCUGCGUUAUCAUUCGCGAGGAGUAGGAAUCCAGCGAUAAGAUGCCUCACGACAAGGGGGACUGUUUUGUCAUCCAGUACUUUCACUGUUGAGGAGGACACCAGUCUCGAUGGAUUGACGAGAAAUGAUGACAGAAUAUUGGCAACUUGUCUGAGCUUGUGCAAAGGGGCAAAUAAGGAUCAAGUAGUUGUUGAAGAGGGACAACCAAGGCGCCUAAGACGAGAAGUUGUUCUCCUGACUGAAGAUAGAAAUCUCCGAGUAAAGGCACUCGCCAGAGACGUUCCCGUAAGAGAAGUACCCGAUUUCAUACAAUGGGCGGGUCUAGGUUGAAUAUCCGAAUAACGUUAUUCCACGUGAUUCCACUUAAUUUAAAUGAAACAUUGCUCCAAUUGGAAUGAUAUGAAUCAGUCGAUAACAAACUGAUUUUAAUUUGACAUUGAUAACGUCAAAUUCAUUCAAUGGACAAGUGGCCACUCACGGUCAGACAUUUAUCCUUCUUGAUCGAAGGGUAUUGAAUUUAUUUAUACACAAGUAAUCCCUAGGAGAUAUUUCUUUAACAUAUUGUAGAGAUUUAUUAGCCCAACUUAGAUCCUAUCUGUAUUUUUCUGAGAAAUAACAAUCUUUUAAUCUUAACGAUAAUUAAUUGCAUCUAUUCAUACUUCAAUUAAAAUCAGUAAUUUUCAUUGAAUGCAAAUACAGUUGAAUAUUGCCGGAGAGUUUUGUAUUAUACUUUACAUUGUAAAUGUUUACAUUUCAUUUUCGUUCAGUUUAAAUGUCAUUUAUUGCAUCUGUUGAGUCACAUAACAUGAUCAGACACAUUUAAUCGUGAUAUCAACGUUGGGCUGUUGACGAUGUCUUGCCAAUGGUGAUUAGAGGCGAAGACAAAUGAUGUUAUUGGGUAAGAUGAACCUGUUAGAGAAAAAAAAACAAAUAGUAAAAACAAAUUGACAUCUCCUCUCGUUAGAACUAACUGACGAUAUUAAUCAGGUAAUUAGAUGUUUAAUAACAGUAAGCAGGUAAACGAUUGGCCUUACAUCGUUUUAGUAUGAUAUAAGAACCUUUAGACAAAUCAUGAGUGGUGGAGAAAUAAAUGGAUGAACGGAAUUACAAGUAAAAUUGAAUUAGAUGACAAUGGUCGGGUGUUAGAGCUUACAACUACACUACACUUUGUAUUUUUCUUACCUCCGUUGGAGCUCCUGAGUGCGAGAUAUAAUGCACCGUCAGAGUAAUUAAUUGUUUUAGUGAUCGCAUUAUUAAAAAUAUCUAAAUUAAGAAAAUUGGUGAAUUAUGGAAAUGAUUUAAUGAAUAUAUGUGAGAACAUUCCGACGGUGCGGAGAUAAUUACUAGAUUAUAAAUGCAUCUGGAGGAAUAUGAUACCCGAAGUAAUUGGAAAAUCAUUAGAAUGUAGAAGAGAAUCUUACAUUCUUCGAUGCUUGUUAAUUUUCAUUUCAGUAAAAUUGAAUGAACUUAUAGGCGCCAGUAAAGUGUUUUAGAACUACUGAAGAACAGUAGAAAUCAAUGGAUACAUAUUUUUGACAAAUUAGUUAUUUAAUUAUAAUAUAAUGGUUGAGUAAUAAUGAGUGGGAGGUGAGCACGUGAGAAUAUAAAUGACGAAAGAAUGCCACGACGAAGAAAAAAAAAACAGGAAAUAAUGGAGAAGAGAGAACUCGUCUUCAUCGUCUAGUGGAAUUUUUGUAAUUAAAUGCUGGAGAGGAAGAAUUUCACAUGAGAAAAAUGGGUAAUAAUAGACUGACUCCGAUCGAAAUUGAUUCAAGUCGAAAGACUUCUUGUCAGAGGGUUUCUUUUCGUCUACUUUUAAACAGUUUUUUCCUCCUUUAGCUCAAUUUUAUUCACUAUUUCGAGAAUAUAACCUUAUGAUCUUUUUAAUUGUUCGUUCAUUAUGAUUAAAUAGUUAGAUUUAUUUUGGAGGGAGUGAUCAGGUGGUGAAUGAAAUAAUUCAUGUGUAGAUCUUUUGACGAAUCAUACGCAAUAAUAACUCAAAAAUAUUGCUAGAUUUCUCUUGAAUAUCACUACUAUCAACACGAGACUUCAUUCAUCUCGCUCUAGCCCUCUUUCUAUCAUUCAUAGCUUCGCAAAUAGGGUCCAAUUCAACAACUGGAUCUAAGUAAACUUAAAUACGUAAAACAGAAUAAUGAAGCAGUAUCCUCAUUUUGGUUUUUAUCUCAGGUAACUAAAAAAAAGUUAAUCUUAUCACGUUAACUUAAUAGAAAUCCAUUACACAAAUUUACUGAUAUAUUGUAAGUGGUAAUAACCAAUAAAGAGAAAGUAACGUGACACAGCAAAACUGAA